UAUUAUCCCACUUCCCCUGAUAUUCCGGUUGGAGGAGGUGUUGUUGAGAAAUUAAAGAUUGAUGCCCAGGGAACUACGAAUUUUACGUUUCCAUUUCAUGUCCAAUACGACGCAGCACAAGACAGUGAUCAGAGAAUGCUAAUGGAUAUAUCAAGUAAAUGUGGUCUUUUGGGUGGUCCAAAACAGAACAUAGUUAUUCUUUAUGACUUGACACCUACAAUUCGUGUUUUGAGUGUCCCAUUUUCAUUCACUAUUCGUGACAAGGUUAACCUCCCAUGCCCUAUUAAGGUAAGGUUUUGA